CCUUUCAAUGUUGUUGGAAAUUGCGGAUUGAAUGCAGAUACAAACACCAUACAGAAGAAAGAGUCUAGUGUGGGCAGUACGGCACUUCGUUCUAGUACCCGUAAACACAAUAGGCAGGACAAUGGAUUGGUAGAUCAAGGGAUGAGUACAAACACCACACAAACGAAAACGUCUAGUGUGACUSACAGGGACUAUAAAUAUUAUACUUUGAGUGCAAACCAAGAAGGCGUGAACGAGUGUCAGUCCAGUGUAAGAGCAAUGUCCAGUGAUCCAAAAUCAUACGGAAAUGUCGACACAAUCGUUCAAUCAAUGAACACAAACGCUGUACAAAGUAUGCAGUCUAGUAUGGUCACUUAUAGGAGUCUGUCACAAUUUAGGUCAGACGUAUCAGAUCAUCAAGUAAUUAAUACAGACUUGAUACAAAGUCCUAAGUUGAAUUCGGCAGUCUCUAAGCAAGUGGACGAUAUCAUUACAGAUACCUGGUCCAGUAAUUUACCAUUCUCUAUGUCUACGAAUGGAACAACAUCUCCUCAAGACMAUACAGAUAACUUGCCAUUCUCCCUGCAGGAUGGUGAAACAGCUUUAAAGGUGGAAGACUCUGUUAUGGAUAACAGUGUACCAUUUAAUUUACAAAAUGGGACAUCUACCCGUAGAGGGAGUAUGUCUGCUCCCAAUGCCUUACCAACCUCUUAUUUGGAUGACGCUGUACCCGAUCAAGUGGAAAAACACGGAACAGAGAACUGUCUUAAUAAUCUACCAUUUUCGCUACAGGAUGACACAUUAGGCCAUCCUGUUGACGAGGCCAAUAUAGACAUUGCUACCAUCUGUCAAGCAUCACYUAAAACAGAUGACAUUUCCAGYAAAGUGGUGACCCAAGGUACACAGAACAAUACUUGUAAUGGAGGAACGAGGYCUUUGCAACGAAAGGUACACCCUCCGCUAAAUGAAAAUGAAUGCCUUGUAUCCAUCACUUUACCAGGAGCAGUUGACUGGCAGGUAGCCUUAGAUGGCUUACAAUACACGCUAAGUCGUUUUAAAUUCAAGCUACAAGACCUUCAAAAUAAGUCUCGUAAACUACAUAGUAAAAAGUAUGUGGUCUGCUUUGAGAACAAAGAAGAAGUACCCUCGGCAAUCGACAUCUUGAAAAAUGGAAAGAUCAACGCCGUUCUCUGCGAAGUUAUCCUCGACAAAUCCAUCAACGACAUUUUAAAAGAGAAAGAUAAAGCCCUGGCAUCACAUCAAAAGAAAUUUGACGAAGUUAUGCAAAGCAUUGACAGUUUGCAAGGUGAAAAAAAAAGGGCUGGUAAGACUAAGAUGAUCGCUUUGGACAAAUGGGAGAAACGAAAAGCCGAAAAAGAAGCGCUGACACAAAAGGCACUAGAAUUAAAUUGUCAGAAAAAAGAGUUUGCAGAUAUUGUUUGUAAACUUAUCGACAGAAUCCUUUCUCUAAAGGAAGUGAAAGUUGGCUGGAAGGAAUUAGAUUCAGAGAUAAAAGAAGUGAAACAGCUGAUGGAAAGAGAGAAAGAUCGCUUAAAUAAAGCUCUUCCAAUCUACGCUAAGAGAAGUGUUAUCACAGACACCGUGAAAAGCAACCAAGUAAGCAUUAUUUUGGGAGAAACUGGUUCUGGCAAAAGCACACAAGUUGUUCAGUAUCUAUACGAUUCAGGGCUGGCAGAGAAAGGCGUAAUCGUUUGUACACAGCCAAGRAAAGUCGCUGCCUUCAGCCUGGAAAAGUAUGUCUGUGAAGAAAUGAAAGAAAGCGGACAUGUAGUGGAAUGCUCUGUCGGUGCUCGAGCAGCUGACAAAAGAGCAAAGAAGACCAAAAUUCUCUUUACAACAGACUACUCGUUGUUAAUGGAAUGCAUUAAAGAUCAAGAUCUUACUCGAUUUUCCUGUGUCAUCAUUGACGAAGCCCACGAAAGAAACAUGAACACUGAUCUUCUCCUGGGAAUUAUCAAAAAAGCACUUCCCAGGCGACCGGACUUGCGUGUCAUUAUAACCUCAGCAACCAUAAAUCCAGAUCUGUUUAUCAAGUAUUUCGGUGAUUGCCCUGUGGUUAAAGUGUCUGGUAAGACGUUCCCUGUGGACGUUAUUUGGAAUAAGGAGMAAAAAACUUCUGGUGAUUACGUUUUGGAAGCUGUGGAGAAAGUCGUGGAGAUACAUCAGAACGAAGAAGCCGGUGACGUUCUCGUCUUCCUUACGUGUCCAGCUGAAAUCGAACAGGCUUGUACUAAAGUUCGUAACAGGAUCAAAAAAGAUGAUAUUMAAUUCCUUCCCUUGCACGGAAAACUUCAACAAGAAGAGCAAAGAGAGGUWUUCAAGCCCACUCCGAAAGGAAAACGCAAAGUCGUUUUUUCCACUAACUGUGCUGAGACCUCCCUGACCAUCCCUGGAAUCAAGUUCGUAGUGGACACAGGGAAAGCAAAAGAGAUGAAAUAUGAUCCAAAAAGGAACAUCAACUCUCUUGAAGUAUCUGACGUUAGCCAAAGUUCUGCCGAUCAACGAAAAGGAAGAGCUGGGAGGAUCGAGAGUGGGAAAUGCUACCGCCUGUACACUGAAGAUGAUUUCAAUGCCAUGGAGAAGUCAUCUAAACCAGAGAUCCUACGCGUKAAUCUUGGUCAAGCWUUGYUGAAGCUUAUGGAACUGGGCAUACGAAACCCUGCUGACUUUGAUUACGUCGAGUCUCCUCCUGUCGAGUCKAUCAAAACAGCGAUGAUGGAGCUGGAAGAACUUGGGGCUACAUGUGGUGGCCAACUUACUGAGCUUGGUAAAAAGAUGGCCAAAGUUCCUGUUGAUCCUGGUCUGUCAAAGUUUCUGUUUGAAGGUUUUGAACGAGGAGUUGGCWAUGAAGCUCUUGUGUUGGUGUCUGUGGCCACUAUAAAUGGCAAUGUCUUCUUUCGAAUGGGAACUGAAGAAGAGAAGAAAGCAGCAGAUAUGAAGAAAGUUGAGUUUUGUCACCUUGGAGGCGAUUUCAUGACUCUUCUAGACGUUUAUCGAUCUUGGCAGAAAGUAGACAAGAGAGACAGAGGCCGGUGGUGCUUUGAAAAGAGUWUGAAUGCCAAAGCGAUGCGUAUGGCUGAUGAAACUGUUAAUGAUCUCAAAUCAACACUGAAACACGAGCUCAAGAUGUCUGACAUCAAAUGGUCCAGUCUUGACAAAGAAACAACGGAUGGUCGGCUGCAGAARACACUCUUUUCAUGCUUCAUGACGAAACUGUGCGUUUACACUGGACACGAAAGAAGAGGUUACAAGACAAUCACUGGAGGACAUUUUGUGAAGAUUCACCCGUCUUCCUCUGUUAACUUCACUGGCUCCAAUCCUAAGUUCAUUGUCUAUGAGAAMAUUCUCAAGACUUCUCAAGAUUUCUUAUUGAACGUUACUCCAAUUGAGACAAGCUGGCUUCAGGAGAGUAUCGCAGAGAAAAAACUACACCUUGAUAUUGAAGAAGUCUUGGCUGAAGUUUUGAUGGUGCCACUACCCAGCAUACGCUGCAGUUCGAUUUUGAUGAAAAGAGCAUUCGAGCCUUUUAGAAGUAAAUUACCUUGCCUUGAGAAAAACAUCUCAGAUUCCUGUAAUAGCGCACCGAUUGUCGUCGAGGCAAAGAGAAAUGCCGGUAAAGUGGAUUUGUUUGUUCCCAAAAAUUACUCUGACAAGGCUGUAGAAUUAACCCAGAAAAUAUUGGAAGAGCAAAGGGAAAGAAUUCGCGAGGAGACGCGUGAAUGUCCUGUAAUUGCUGAGUCUUCUGCUCUUCGAGUGGUUAUGGAGAAAGGUCUAACAGUGCAGCAAAUUCUACUGCCAGACAUGUACCGCUCUGUGGUGGUGAGAAACCUCCAAGAUAGGCCAUUACACCAGCGGAUGUUAAGGAAUUUCUUUGUCAAUUUGGGAAACUUAUUGACUUUAACUCUUACCGUGACAUGCACUUUGCUACUUAUGAAAAGCCUGAAGAAGCGACACUAGCCGUAGAGUUUUGUACAGCUGAUGAGCUUGGU